AUAAUAAUAGGAACACAAUUGUUCGCCAAACUGUCUCUCCUGUUAUUGUUGCUCAAUACAUCCGCAUCCAUCCGAAGACUUGGUAUAGGCACAUAUCCAUGAGGGUUGGUUUUUCUGGCUGUCUAAAAGAUUAUUGCUCAUCAAGUAAUGCUUGUCAUUCCAAUGCUCGAUGCAUCAACUCUCUUGGAUCAUACCAGUGCAUUUGUAACAGUGGUUACACCGGAAAUGGAACCAAUUGCGAAGAUAUAAAUGAAUGUGCUCUGCCCAUUUACACUUGUCAUCCAAAUUUAAAGUGCAACAACACGAAUGGAUCUUAUAUAUGCACAUGUGAUGGUGAACCAGCUGGAGACAACUCUCCUUGCUUAGAUGAAUCAGUGGGCAUUAGGUUAAGAGGACCAUUAAGUUCUAAAGGACGUGGACGUGUCGAAAUUUUCCAUGACGGAAGAUGGGGAACAGUUUGUGAUGACAAUUGGGACAUAAAAGAUGCAAGAGUUGUAUGCCGUCAGCUUGGUUAUUUAAAUGCUGUGAAUGCACUGCAAGGAAGUAACACGAUUUCCGGUUCUGGGCCAAUAUGGUUAGACGAGGUUUUCUGCGCAGGGAGCGAGCACAAUUUGUCCAGUUGCUCUCAUCGGGGAUGGGGGAACAAUGACUGCUCUCAUUCUGAAGAUGCUGGUGUAGAAUGUUCUUUCAAUGAUAUUGAUGAAUGCUCCUUGAAUACUCACUACUGCGCCAGUCAUUCCUACUGCGUAAACACUCACGGGAGUUUUUCUUGCGAAUGCAAAAAGGGAUAUACUGGAAACAACGUUACAUGCGUCGACAUCGAUGAAUGCUCGACAUUUGAUAACUGCCACCAAAAUGCUUUUUGUAACAACACAAUUGGUUCUUUUCACUGCACAUGCAACGAUGGAUAUACAGGAAAUGGAACUUUUUGUCAAGAUAUUGAUGAAUGUAUACAAUCAACGCACAACUGUAUGGCAAACUAUAACUGCACCAACACUGAUGGAUCUUAUCUAUGCACCUGUGAUAACCAACAUGCCACGAUUGGAUCAGCUUGUGUGCCGACAAACGUUAGGUUACGAGGCCUGUCAAGCCAGAAAGGUGUUGGACGGGUUGAAGUAUUUCGCAAUGGAACCUGGGGCACAGUCUGUGAUACAAAUUGGGAUUUAAAAGAUGCGAAGGUUGUAUGCCGUGAGCUUGGUUAUCUGAAUGCUGUUAGAGCUCUUCAAGGAGGACAAGUAUCACGUGGAUCUGGACAGAUAUGGCUGAAUGAUUUAGCUUGCACUGGAAACGAGCAAUUUCUUAACAAUUGUUCUCAUAACUUGGCGUUUCGUAGUAAUAAUUGCGACCAUUCCAGAGAUGCUGGAGUUGAAUGCACUUCAACAGUUGCCCGUUACAACACAUACCUUAUCAAAUCAAGUUCAUAUGGCUACUUGCGCCGUUUCGAUGAAAAUCAUCUGCAUUUCUCAAGACAUCCUGGUAAUCAUUUUCGUUUCAUCAAAGAAAACAUCCUGCAAGAAGCAAAUACUGGGAAAUGCGUUCACGCACGAAAUGAUCUUUUUGUCGGCCUUAGUUACCAUUGCGAUGGACCAACUGCCAGCAGAUGGCGGUACGAUUCUUUUGCGCGACAUUUAAAGCUUGUUAAUAAGUACCCAAAUUAUUGCGUAAGUCCUUGGCGCUAUUAUGGCAAACCUGGUCUUGAGGUUAGUCCUGGUGUGUCCCACGACUGCAACUCAUGGAACCGGAUGGCACUGGAACUAGACAUCGAUGAAUGUUCCUUGAAAUUAGACAACUGUGGCAAUAAUUCAAGAUGUAUUGACUCUCCUGGAGCAUUUUCCUGUGUAUGUCUUGAUGGUUAUUCCGGAAAUGGUAUAAUUUGCAAUGAUAUCGAUGAGUGUUCUACUUCCGCUCACAACUGUCACCCAAAGGCAAACUGCACCAACACUGAUGGAUCUUUUCUUUGUAUUUGUGAUAGUGAACAACCUGGAGAUAAGUCUUCAUGCAAAGGCAAAGAUAUCAGGUUAAUAGGACCAUUGAGUUCAAACGGCACUGGUCGUGUGGAAUUAUUCCACUCAGGAAAAUGGGGAACAAUCUGUGAUGAUGUUUGGGAUAUAAACGAUGCUCGUGUGGCAUGUCGUCAGCUUGGUUAUCGGUAUGCUCUAAAAGCUUUUCAAGGGGAAGAAGUUCCUUCUGGUUUCGGACAGAUUUGGUUAGACCAAGUUGCUUGUACUGGGAACGAGCAAAAUUUGACAAGUUGUCCUUCGAACGGCGUUGGACGUCAUGACUGCAGUCAUUCUGAAGAUGCUGGAGUACAAUGUACUUCGGAAGAUAUCGAUCAUUGUGCCUUAGAGCUGGACAAUUGCGAUAGCCAUGCUCAAUGCUCUAAAACCUUUCACGGAUUUUCAUGCAAAUGUAAUCAAGGUUUUACUGGAAGUGGUUUCAGUUGCACUGACCUCGAUGAAUGCUCGACAUUUGAUAACUGCCACCAAAAUGCUUUCUGUACCAACACAAUUGGUUCUUUUCAUUGUACAUGCAACGAUGGAUAUACAGGAAAUGGAACUUUUUGUCAAGAUAUUGAUGAAUGUUUACAAUCAACGAACAACUGUAUGGCAAACUAUAAUUGCACCAACACUGAUGGAUCUUAUCUAUGUACCUGUGAUAACCAACAUGCCACGAAUGGAUCAGCUUGUGUGUCGACCAACGUUAGGUUACGAGGCCCGUCAAGUUCGAAAGGUGUUGGACGUGUUGAAGUACUUCACAAUGGAAGCUGGGGCACAGUCUGUGAUACAAAUUGGGAUUUAAAAGAUGCGAAGGUUGUAUGCCGUGAGCUUGGUUAUCUGAAUGCUGUUAGAGCUCUUCAAGGAGGACAAGUAUCACGUGGAUCUGGACAGAUAUGGCUGAAUGAUGUAGCUUGCACUGGAAACGAGCAAUUUCUUAACAGUUGUUCUCAUCACUUGGCGUUUCGUAGUAAUAAUUGCGACCAUUCCAAAGAUGCUGGAGUUGAAUGCUCUUCAACAGUUGCCCGUUACAACACAUACCUUAUCAAAUCAAGUUCAUACGGCUACUUGCGCCGUUUCGGUGAAAAUCAUCUGCAUUUCUCAAGACAUCCUGGUAAUCAUUUUCGUUUCAUCAAAGAAAACAUCCUGCAAGAAGCAAAUACUGGGAAAUGCGUUCACGCACGAAAUGAUCUUUUUGUCGGCCUUAGUUAUCAUUGCGAUGGACCAACUGCCAGCAGAUGGCGGUACGAUUCUUUUGCGCGACAUUUAAAGCUUGUUAAUAAGUACCCAAAUUAUUGCGUAAGUCCUUGGCGCUAUUAUGGGAAACCUGGUCUUGAGGUUAGUCCUGGUGUGUCCCACGUCUGCAACUCAUGGAACCGGAUGGCACUGGAACUAGACAUCGAUGAAUGUUCUUUGAAAUUAGACAACUGUGGCAAUAAUUCAAGAUGUAUUGACUCUCCUGGAGCAUUUUCCUGUGUAUGUCUCGAAGGUUAUUCUGGAAAUGGUUUAAUUUGCAAUGAUAUUGAUGAAUGUUCUCUGUCUACUGACAACUGCCUUCCCAAUUCAAGCUGCGUCAACACGGCAGGAUCUUAUCGAUGUAUUUGUGAUGAUCGAGAAGUUGGAAAUGGGACUUCUUGUAAAGGAAAAGAUAUCAGGUUAAAAGGACCUUCAAUUUCAAAUGGAACUGGUCGUGUGGAGGUAUUCUAUAAUGGAGAAUGGGGGACAGUCUGUGAUGAUAAUUGGGAUAUAAAAGAUGCUAAUGUUGCAUGUCGUCAACUUGGCUAUUUGUAUGCUAUUAAAGCCCUUCAAGGGGGGAACAUUCCUUCUGGCUCCGGCCGGAUUUGGUCAGACGAGGUUGCUUGCACUGGAUCUGAGCAAAAACUGUCCAGUUGUGGUCGCCACGUUCGAGGGUGGGGGGUUCAUGACUGCUCCCAUGAAGAAGAUGCUGGAGUAGAAUGUAGCUCAAUAGAUGUAGAUGAAUGUUUGAGCGGUUCGUAUUACUGUGGCACACAUGCUAAAUGUAUCAACACUUUGGGGAGUUACAUAUGUCAAUGUGAAACUGGUUAUACUGGAAAUGGCUUGAUUUGCAAUGAUAUCGAUGAAUGUUUCCUGUCGUUGGACAACUGUCUGGCUGGCUCAAAUUGCACCAAUACUGAUGGAUCGUAUUUUUGCAGUUGCGACAGUGGACAUUAUUCGAAUGGAUCGGUUUGCCAUGCAAUGUCUGUCAGGUUACAAGGGCCAUCAAGUUUAAAUGGUUCUGGUCUCGUGGAGGUUUUCUACGAUGGACUGUGGGGAGCAGUCUGUGGUGAUGGCUGGGAUAGUAAUGCUGCUGAGGUUGUGUGUCGAGAACUUGGUUAUGCGCAUGUGUUAAGAGCUUUCAGACAAAAACUACAGAAUGUCUCAUCAACUAUGUCAUUCGAGAAAAUAUCUUGUGUUGGUAAUGAACAAAAUCUAACCAGUUGUUCGCACGAUGGUUCUGUAAACAAUACCUGUAGCCAUUCAGAGUUCGCUGCUGUGGAAUGUUUAAAAGAUAUAGAUGAAUGUUCUCGAGAUCUGGACAAUUGCGGUGAUAAUUCUCGUUGUGUUAACACAGUUGGAAGUUUUGAGUGCAUAUGUAAUCAUGGUUACACAGGAGACGGAGUUAAUUGCGAAGACAUUGAUGAAUGCCAUCUUUUGGUUGACAAUUGCCAUGAAAGCUCAACUUGCUCCAACCUCAAAGGAUCUUACGUUUGCACUUGCAAUAGUGGAUUUACUGGUGAUGGAACUGUUUGUCAAGAUCUUGAUGAAUGUUCCUUGUCGUCUCACAACUGCCAUGAAAACUCGCACUGCACGAAUGUGAAUGGAUCGUUCUUGUGCACUUGUGUGAAUGGAUACACUGGCAAUGGAAUUGUUUGCCAAGAUAUUGAUGAAUGUCUCCUGCCCACUAAUAAUAAUUGUCAGCAAAAUUCCAAGUGUACCAACUUUGGAGGAUCUUUCUCUUGCACCUGUAAUGAUGGAUAUACUGGGAACGGGGUUGUUUGUGAAGAUAUUAACGAGUGUGUCGAACAAGAGGUGUCUUGUGAUUCAAAUGCAGAUUGUUUAAACACAAAUGGAUCGUAUGAGUGCAGAUGUAAAGAGGGCCUCACAGGAGAUGGGUAUAAUUGUGAAGCACCGGCAGAAAAAGAAAUUCUUCACCGGAAAUCCGAAUCACCGGAAAACAAAUUUUUCUCCUUCCCGAACUUGGCUUAUAUCAUUGUUGGUCUAAUUUUAUUACUUGGAAUAAUACUUCUGGUAAUAUUGAUACGAAGACGACGUAGACGAUCGUACAGACCAUUCCCUGACAAUGAUAAUUUAGAGUUGAUGUUAAAAGACGAUUUUCAUCCUGGAAUUGGUGAUGACAAUAAGAAUCAAGGAUCACCUGAUAGCAAGGCCUUCAUAUCGAAUGACUGUGGUGGUUUACUUGAUCAGGAUGAACUCAAUCAUGCCACUGAAUGCUAAAGCAAUUAUGGUUAUAAAAAAGUGAUCAAUGAUAAUUAAUCCAAUUUUCAUUUUUAGAGAAGUAAAAUUUUGUUAUAAUUAUGCAUAACUAUAGUAAGACUAGUACAGUUCAUGAACUUGGUUUUCAUUACUUUUUAAUGCAAAUCAAUUUGCAAUAUCGUAUAUAGUUGCUCUUCUACUAAUUUUUCCUAAGUAAGCAAACCAUGGCAGUUAAACUCUGUCAAAUAUAAUAG